AUUUUACUCUGUAUUAUUUGUCGUUGUUUGUUCAAUUUAGCAAUUUCAAAACAGAUCAGGGGUCAAAGGUUUUUAAAUAGUUUUGCCCUAUUGUUUUAUAUUAUUUUUUAAAAUGUUAAGCAUACUGUGUAGAAGAGCAAAUAAAUUUGCUACAACAAGUCGACAUGCACGGUGCAUAGCCUCCCUUUCGGCCCUUCCUGAAACCUACCAGAUGUUGUAUAAGACCUGUAGAGAUUUCGCAGAGCAUGAACUUAAGCCAAAUGCUGCGAAUUUUGACCGAAAUCACUUAUACCCAGGAGAUGCAAUUAAGAAAAUGGGUGAACUUGGCCUAAUGGCUAUUGCUACUUCUGAAGAAUUAGGAGGGACAGGGCUCGAUUAUCUAGCUUACGCCAUAGCUUUAGAGGAAAUAUCUAGAGGCUGUGCAUCUGCUGGGGUAAUCAUGUCAGUUAAUAAUUCUCUUUACUUGGGACCUGUUAAUCACUGGGGUAAUGAAAAACAAAAGAAGGAAUUUGUUACACCUUUUUGUACUGGAGACCAAGUUGGAUGUUUUGCACUGUCUGAGCCUGGUAAUGGAUCAGAUGCUGGUGCUGCAUCUACAACAGCUAAGAUUAAUGGAGACAAAUGGGUUCUAAAUGGAACCAAGUGUUGGAUUACUAAUGGCUAUGAGAGCAAAGCAUCUGUGGUGUUUGCCACUACAGAUAAAAAUCUUAAACAUAAGGGCAUCUCUGCAUUCAUUGUACCUAAACCUAUAAGUGGGUUGGAGUUGGGUAAGAAAGAAGAUAAAUUAGGUAUUCGAGCAUCAUCUACUUGUUCCCUCAUAUUUGAAGACUGUGAGAUACCUAAAGAGAAUAUACUGGGUGAGCCUGGCUUAGGAUUCAAAAUUGCUAUGAUGACAUUAGACGCAGGUAGAAUUGGUAUUGCAUCACAAGCAUUAGGUAUAGCACAGGCAUCAUUAGAUGUGGCUGUAGAGUAUGCAUCUAAAAGGAUGGCAUUUGGCAAACCUAUCAUGAAGUUACAAGCAAUACAGAACAAGUUGGCAGAUAUGGCAGUGCAGCUGGAGUCAGCUAGACUUCUCACAUGGCGUGCAGCAUGGCUUAAAGACAACAAAAAACCUUUUACUAAAGAGGCAGCUAUGGCUAAACUAGCAGCAUCGGAAGCGGCAACCUUUUUAUCUCACCAAUGUAUACAGAUACUUGGAGGUAUGGGUUAUGUAUCAGACAUGCCUGCAGAACGGCACUAUCGCGAUGCAAGAAUUACAGAGAUUUAUGAAGGCACUUCAGAAAUACAAAGAUUAGUAAUUGCUGGACAACUCAUCAAAGAAUAUGGUGUAUAAGUACAAUAAAUAAACAUUAAUUAUGAUGGUAUUACAAUACAGACUGAAUUUUAAUAAUGUAUUUAGUUUAAAAGUGUGUUAGGCACAGAAGAAAUCUGAAUAUUUUUUAAUUCUGUUAAGAAAUCAGUUUUUAAAAAGUUUGUAUUCAAGUUUAUACAUUACAUACAAAAAGUAGAAACAAGUAAAAAAGGGUAACAUAUCAAAAUAAAACAGUAAUUGAAGUCUGAAAUAUGCAUAAAUAUAUUUUAAAAUAACAAUACAAAUAAAAUUAACAGUUUAAAAUGUUCAUAUAAUUUCCUGUGAUAAUAAUUGAUUGGACUUAAAUAUAACUACUGAUAUCAAUAUUACGUAAAAUAAAGACUAUUAAUACAGAAA